CCGGGCCGGGCCGCGGCGGGCUGAGGGCCUCGCCGUGCGGGGCGCGGAGGUCCACGAGCACCAGGGCGGCGGCGGCCAAGGCGGCCAGGGCGGCGAAGGGGGCUACAAGAUGGCGGACCUGGAGGCCGUGCUGGCCGACGUGAGCUACCUGAUGGCCAUGGAGAAGAGCAAGGCCACGCCGGCCGCGCGGGCCAGCAAGAAGAUCCUGCUGCCCGAGCCCAGCAUCCGAAGCGUCAUGCAGAAGUAUCUCGAAGACCGAGGGGAGGUGACCUUUGAGAAGAUUUUCUCUCAGAAGCUUGGUUACCUGCUCUUCAGAGACUUCUGCCUGAACCACACGGAGGAGGCCAAGCCGCUAGUGGAAUUCUAUGAUGAGAUCAAGAAAUAUGAGAAGUUAGACUCCGAGGAGGAUCGUGCCAUCAAAAGCCGGGAGAUCUUUGAUUCAUACAUCAUGAAGGAGCUGCUGUCCUGCUCACAUCCUUUCUCAAAGAGUGCCACUGAGCAUGUACAGAGUCGGCUCCUAAAGAAGCAGGUACCCCCUGACCUGUUCCAGCCAUACAUUGAGGAGAUCUGCCAGAGACUUCGGGACGAUGUGUUCCACAAAUUCAUUGAGAGUGAGAAGUUCACUCGGUUUUGCCAGUGGAAGAAUGUGGAGCUUAACAUCCAUCUGACCAUGAACGACUUCAGCGUGCACCGAAUCAUUGGCCGAGGCGGCUUUGGGGAGGUCUACGGCUGCCGGAAAGCCGACACAGGCAAGAUGUACGCCAUGAAGUGUCUGGAUAAGAAGCGCAUCAAGAUGAAGCAAGGGGAGACGCUGGCCCUGAACGAGCGGAUCAUGCUGUCCCUUGUCAGCACUGGGGACUGCCCCUUCAUUGUCUGCAUGUCCUAUGCGUUCCACACUCCAGACAAGCUCAGUUUUAUCCUGGACCUCAUGAAUGGCGGGGACCUGCACUACCAUCUGUCCCAGCACGGAGUCUUCUCGGAGUCAGACAUGCGCUUCUACGCCGCCGAGAUCAUCCUGGGCCUGGAGCACAUGCACAGUCGAUUCGUGGUUUACCGAGACUUGAAGCCCGCUAACAUUCUGUUGGAUGAGUUUGGUCAUGUGCGCAUUUCGGACCUGGGCCUGGCUUGUGACUUCUCCAAGAAGAAGCCUCAUGCCAGCGUGGGCACCCAUGGCUACAUGGCGCCCGAGGUCCUGCAGAAGGGGGUGGCCUAUGACAGCAGUGCUGACUGGUUCUCUCUGGGCUGCAUGCUCUUCAAACUACUGAGAGGGCACAGCCCCUUCCGCCAGCACAAGACCAAGGACAAACAUGAGAUCGACCGCAUGACACUAACGAUGGCUGUGGAGCUGCCAGAGUCCUUUUCACCAGAAUUACGCUCCCUUCUGGAAGGGCUGCUUCAGAGGGAUGUCAACCGGAGGCUGGGCUGCCUUGGUCGAGGGGCUCAGGAGGUGAAGGAGGACCCUUUCUUUAAGAGCGUGGACUGGCAAAUGGUUUUACUGCAGAAGUACCCACCUCCCCUGAUCCCACCACGAGGCGAAGUGAAUGCUGCUGACGCCUUCGAUAUCGGCUCUUUUGAUGAGGAGGACACAAAAGGAAUCAAGCUGCUGGACAGUGACCAGGAGCUCUAUCGAAACUUCCCCCUCACGAUCUCCGAGCGGUGGCAGCAAGAAGUGGCUGAGACGGUCUUUGACACGGUAAACUCUGAGACUGACCGGCUAGAGGCCCGAAAGAAAGCCAAGAACAAGCAGCUGGGUCAUGAAGAUGAUUACGCCCUUGGCAAAGACUGCAUCAUGCACGGCUACAUGUCCAAGAUGGGCAAUCCCUUCCUCACCCAGUGGCAGCGGCGUUACUUCUACCUGUUUCCCAAUCGGCUUGAGUGGCGGGCCGAGGGCGAGGCGCCGCAGAGCCUUCUGACCAUGGAGGAGAUUCAGUCUGUGGAAGAGACCCAGAUCAAAGAGAGGAAGUGCAUCCUGCUCAAGAUCCGAGGUGGCAAACAGUUCAUCCUCCAGUGUGAUAGCGACCCGGAGCUGGCUCAGUGGAAGAAGGAGCUGCGGGAUGCCUGCCGAGAGGCGCAGCAGCUGGUGCAGCGGGUCCCCAAGAUGAAGAAUAAGCCUCGAUCGCCCGUGGUGGAGCUGAGCAAGAUGCCGCUGACGCAGCGGGGCAGCGCCAAUGGCCUCUGACCCCUGCCCCGCCUGGCCACCUGCCCCAGCCCAACCUUUUAUAAACCUCUAAUUUAUUUUGUGGAA